AUGGGCGCUGCUGAGUCCGAGCCGGUCGCUGGCCCGCACGAGCGCAACGUGCAUGCCGUGGAUGGCACCGUCCUUCCCAGCAAACUCUUCACCGUUGAGGAGGGCCUUGGGUCUGCAUCUCGGCCUACGGUGUUCACCUUCCUCCAUGGGCUGGGUGAGAGGAUGAGCGACUACGAUGAAACAGCGAAGUCUACGAACAUGCAGAAGGUGCUACAGGCAAUGCCAGAGAACAGCGCAAGGCCUCGGAUCGUCCUCUUUGAUGCUCGAGGUCAUGGCACAAGCACUGGUUGGGAAAGAGGAGGGCCACAUCAAUUUCAUUGGCGCUGCUUGGGUGCGGACAUGCUUCAUGUCGCCGCAGCACACACUGAACAGCCGUGGGAUCCAAGCUACAUUUUCGGAGGAUGCAGCAUGGGUGCAGCAGCUGCUGUUUGGGCAGCUCUCCUUUCUCCGAGAAAGAUUCGUGGACUGGUUCUAUACCUUGUUCCUACUAUGUGGGCCGGAAGACAGGCCAGGCGAGGUGUGCUGGAAGCAAAGGCGGCCUCGGUUCGCGAGACCGAUCCCGUCAAGUACGAUGUCAUGCUCGGUGCCGCCAGAGCUGACUUCCCCCCUCGGGACGACAUGCAAAGACUCGCUGAGACCGGGGUCCCUGUGCUAGUCGUGAAUGCGCGCGACGAUCCGAUCCACCCAAUGAGCUCAGCUGAAGCCGUGAAGGAGAUCUUCGGCCAAAGCGCUACACUCGUUGUCGUCGACAAGGUCCAGGAUGCUCCCAGCAAGUUCACGGAGGAGCUUGUGAAGUGGCUCGCGGCUUUGCCAGGCUGUGGCCCUCUGCUGGAAGUAGUUCAACACUUCGUCGUGGGAGCACUGGAGGAAUGGUCCUUUUGCCGCUGCCGUCCGGGGGCGUCCAUGGCGGGAGCGCGUGAACAACUGAAGCAAAUUGCGGAGACGGCUUCGUUGGAGCACCUCCAGCAGCUGCUGGCAUAUGCUGUGGAACUCGGUAUUCGGGCAGACGAGGGGGCAGACGAAGGUCAGCAGGUUGUGGAUAUUCGAGUUCUCUACCCGUCUGGUGAAGUCGUCUUGAACGAGUCACUUCCUGGCAGAAUGACGGUCGGUGCUUUGUUGCUGCGCCUGGGCUCCCAGAGCGAGGCAGCAGGAAGAAUGUCUUUGCUUCUUGGGACCGAUGUGCUGAAACGAGAUUCAAGGCUUGCGGACUUGAACCUCACCGCUCAGGAUUGCCUGUACCUUCUGAGGAGAACCACAGGCACAUACACAGAAUGGAAGCCUGUCGGCACUGGAGAAGCGCAGCAUGACCACGUCGCAAAGUGUGUCAUCUUGGGCGGGGCAGGCGUGGGAAAGACAGCACUGCUGCGUGCACUGUGCAGUGAGGCAUUCUUAGACGACAUCCAACCUACGAUCGGCAUCGACUUCAAGAUUGUCCACCGGAAAUCCGAGGACGGAAUCAAGUUGAAAGUGCAGCUGUGGGACACCGCAGGACAACCCCGAUUCCGACCCAUUGCGAAGAGCUAUAUGCGUGGUGCAUGUGGCUUCCUCGCCGUGUUCUCUCUCUGCAAUCACCAGUCGCUGCAGGAUCUUUUUGAGCUUCUCGAGGCUGCAGAGGAAAACAAUCGCGAAGCGUGCCGCUGCAUCUGCCUGGUCGGAACACACGCAGACAGUCCCAAUCCGGCAGUGACAGAAGAAGAGAUCCUCCAGUUCGCGAGGGAUAAGAACUAUCAGUACUUUGCAGUGUCAAACAAGACGGGGCAAGGUAUUGAUCAGCCUUUCUCUGCUUGGCUGGAUUCCUACCUUCAGGUGGUGGCUCACUAG